AUGAAGCUGCUGCCCGUCGUCGGCCCGUCGCCGCUCAGCGUCAACCCGAUCUUUGAGAUCGGCCCCAUGGAGCCCCGCUACUCGGAGUACUUCGUCUUCGAGGGCGUCUCGGUCGACGAGAACGGCGCGCGGCUCUCCGCCGCCGCCUCCAGCUGGGUCGAUUCCGCGUGGUACGGGGACCCCUCGAUCGUCUCGCCCUCCCUCGCUGACGUCGGCGGUGGUGGGCUGGUGGCGGUGUGA